AUGGUCUCAAGUACAAAAGUGACUUUGUUUCCCUGGGAUGCCAACUCUGUUGUCCACCGGAAACGGCUCGUGGAACAGCGCAUCGAGUGUAGCUGGCACCAAGAUGAGGUCGAGACAAAAUGGAGGACGCAACAAAUCAAAGGCGAGAAAUGCAUUUAUUGGAUUGUCCUGGUAUCAGAUGAGCAACAAGCAAGAUCAAAGGUAAAGAAGCCAACUAUAACACUCACAAAAGCACAACUAACGCAUUUUCAUAAGGGGGAGGAGAUGCUUCAAGACACAGCUACGACACUGAACGCUGUUCCAUGCCAGCCAACGCAGGAAAGCUUCGUCCCUAUUGGUCACAUAUCGUUGGAUUCUAAGAAUCCCGAGGCAGAUAACCUUGAUCUAGACUUGCCGUCCCAGAACAUCUUCUGGAUCAAGUCGUUUUAUGUCAGGCAGUCCAUCCAGGGCCAAGGAAUUGGGCGAGCUGCAAUGGACGAGGUCGAGGCCAUGGCGGGCCGCGAGCCACUGCUAGCCAAGACGUUGAUGCUAGACACGGUUCAUUCAGAUGAUCAGAAACGCGAGGACUUUGCGAUUGCAACCUUUGGUGGCGUUCCAAAGACGACCAACCAAGAAUGGUAUAAUCGACGAGGCUACCGACUAAUCAAGACUUUGCAGAAUUUUUAUCGUGUUUCAGACAGAAAUGGCAAGAUGUGGGAUAUGCGGACAGUCUUUAUGAGGAAGGAUCUUGCAGGCGAUGAAGGUAUUCCGUCGGAGGAUGUGCAGUGA